AAGGUCGUGUUGAUUGGCGACGCGGCCGUCGGGAAGUCUUGUCUACUGCUCCGCUUUGUAGAUGCCACCUAUACCGAGAAUUCCCCUGCUACCAUUGGUGUCGACUUUAAGACUCGCAUCAUAAAACUGGAAGAGAAGGCCGUCAAGCUGCAGAUUUGGGACACAUCAGCCCGAGAGCGCUACCGAUCAAUGUAUCCCUCAUAUUGCCGCGGUGCACAUGGGGUCAUUCUCGUGUAUGAUGUGACGCGCAAUGACUCGUUCACAAACCUCAGGCGGUGGCUUCAGGAACUUGACCAGUAUCUGUCUGAAGGAGUGAACAAGGUCUUGGUUGGAACUAGGUCAGAUUUGACGAGCAAGAAGGUUGUGGGAUACACGGUCGCCAAGGAAUUCGCCGAUCAAUUGGCUAUUCCCUUCUUCGAAACUUCGGCAAAAAAUGGCACUAAUGUGGAACAGGUUUUCUUGACCAUGGCUAAGCAGAUUAAAGACCGAUUAGGGCAGACCCCCACAUCAGCUGGCGAUAGCUCAAAAGCCAGCAUGACAACUCCUGGCCAAUUGGUGGCUGGGCUACGCCACUCCCUCCGCUCCUUCUUUUUUUCUCCUACUCAAGAGAUGCCAGUUAGGCAACACAGCCCUGUUCCGAAUGGUGACAACGAAUGCGACCAGCUGUUCAAGGUCGUGUUGAUUGGCGAUGUGGCCGUUGGGAAGACUAGUCUACUGCUCCGCUUUGUAGAUGGAACUUAUACCGAGAAUUUCGUCGGUACCAUUGGUGCCAACUUUAUGACUCGUACCAUAAAACUGGAAGGGAAGACCGUCAAGCUGCAGAUUUGGGACACAGCAGGUCGGUUAUUAUGAAAUCAGUUGCAGCGAUGAUAAUCAUCUCGAAACGAUCGUGCAUAGCUUACGAGCGUUUCCGACCAGUGGCUUACUCGAUUUGCCGGAGUGCAGAUGGGAUUAUUGUCCUGUAUGAUGUGACGGACGAUAAGUCAUUCGCAAACGUCACGCGGUGGCUACAGGAAAUUCAGUC